AUGUCGACGACCACGCCCUCCGCCUCUCCGGAGCAGCAAUCAGCCAGCUCCCCCAGCCAACAUGAUUCUUCAAUUCUGUCUCAGAGCAUGUUGAGUGCCGGAGACGAAAGUCCUGCUCAGGGUGCCGAGAUGGAGAAGCAUCCCAAGGGCAAGAGGAAGAGGACCGCUGCCAAGGACAAGAUGAUCCUGGAGGAGGCGUACCGAAGCAACCCCAAGCCCGACAAGCAGGCGCGUCAAGACAUUGUAGAUCGCGUCUCGCUAAAUGAGAAGGAAGUCCAGAUUUGGUUCCAGAACCGCCGCCAAAACGACCGAAGGAAAUCGCGUCCACUUUCCCCCGAGGAGCUCGCCGCUCUUCGCUUUGGUGGCAUGCACCACGUCCCCUCGUCAGAUCCUGCCAUGUCUCGCAUCGACUCGGACAGGUGCUUCCAGUCUUCGGAUCCGGCUUCUUCGCGGUCCGCUGCCGACCACCAGGGAUCCGUGUCACCGCCAUUGACGACGAGACAGACCAGACCAGAGCUGACUAGGUCAUAUUCCGAUGCAGCCAUCGUGACGCCUCGAACUGGGGGAAUGGGAAGCCAUAUCGAUACGCUACCGCCACAAAGCCAAGAGGCGCCAUCCUCGCAGAGGAGUCAGGAUUCUGAGUCUAUGAGACACUCCUUCGCCAGCUCCGUCGGGUAUCUGGCUAAUCGCUGGAACUUGGGAAGCUCAUUUUCAUCACCAUCGACAUUAGGCCACGGUGAAGAUGAACCUGUUAGGUUAGAGUCUCUGCCUCACUCAGCUUCGUUCAACAAGACACAUAGCCAGAGCAAAUCUCAGUCCAAUGUACGGCUCUCUCUGUCUCUCGAAGGAAAGGCAGAACUCAUCUCCAACCUUGUGUCUCCCACGCGCCCCGAAUCCGCAAGGACAUCCUCGGUAGAUUCAUCUGGUCCCCAACCGCGACAAAGAACAGGCCUGUCUCGAAGCCAAUCCGCUCUACCAAGCAUCACGCUGCCGCCAAUCUCCGCUCUUACCAACUCCUUACCACCCCGUCUUGUACGAGGUCGCUCCCGAGACGUCCAUGCGUGGGAAUCGUGCGCUGAUUCCGAAAGGCGCGACGAAUUGACCGCCCAGGCGGAGAACGAGUCCAACGGCUCGGCAGUUGCCGCAAUAAGCCUGCUCCGAUCGUCUAGCGGGAUUCUACAACCCAGCUCGACAAAACGCAACGCGUCGCUGUCCAGGCCCCAACUACAGCGUCAGGCAAAAAAGGCCAAGCUUCACCGAACAGCCUCAACCUCUGUACGCCUGGAAUCCGUCGACGCUGACACAGAAAAGAAAGAUGUCAGCAGCAAGGUCAACGUCUCUAUGCUUGUGUCUCCUACCGACUCUGACAAAGAGAACUGGUCUCCCGACGAAGAUGGCAACGCACAUGCUCAUCUUCUCCAUCACCGCCGCCGCCCUCUCCCCGCCGUACCAGCAACCAAGAUGCAAAACCCUCGCCGUCUAGGCCGCGUCUUACAAGACCACAAAGGGCCUGCAAUGCUCUCUAAUCGGUCUCAAACCGCACCGUCUCCAUUGAGUUCGAAAUCUACCAUUGAAGUAUUCGACGAUGCUAAGCAGAACUCUCGACAGGAUGAUGUCGAGAAGUUCAUGCGCGGGGAUGUCAGCCCCAGCAAGAAACCAGACAUGGACUGCAUCGCUGGCCUCUUGUCCCUAAGCCAAGGGGCGUGGAGAUAG